AUGCCGCUCUGUCUCACCUUCAUCGACUUGAAAAAGGCCUUCGACUCAGUUGAGACGGAAGCGGUCGUGGAAGCCUUGGACAACCAAUGCGUCCCUACUCAGUACAUAAAGGUACUUCGAGAGUUGUACAGUAACUUCACAACCGGAAUUUCGCCAUUCUACAAGAACAUCAUCAUUGACGUGAAGAGGGGGGUCCGACAGGGUGAUACAAUUUCACCCAAAAUAUUCACAGCCACCCUCGAGAACGCAAUGCGAAAGAUGGAAUGGGACGACAUGGGAGUGAAGGUUGAUGGUCGGCAGCUACACCAUUUGCGCUUUGCUGAUGACAUCGUACUGAUAACACCUAGCAUCAGCCAAGCGGAACGAAUGCUGACCGAAUUCGACGAAACAUGUGGAUGCAUCGGUCUUCAGCUGAAUCUACAAAAGACGAUGUUCAUGUGGAACGGAUGGGUCUCGGAUGUCCCAUUCACGCUCAACGGAACGAACAUAUCCGAAUGCACCAGCUACGUUUAUCUGGGUUGGGAACUGAACAUGAUAAACGACCUGACCCCCGAGCUGGGCAGGAGGAGACGAGCGGCUUGGGGAGCGUACAAGAGCAUCGAGGAUGUAGUGAAGAAGACCAGGAACACCCGGCUCCGUGCUCACCUCUUCAACACCACCGUACUUCCUGCUUUGACCUAUGCUUCGGAAACCUGGGCAUUUCGCAAGCAGGAAGAAAACGCGGUGAGCGUCAUUGAAUGUGCAAUUGAGAGAGUGAUGCUAGGAGUAUCCCGUUUCGCGCAAGUGAGGGACGGGAUUCGAAGUUCUCUCCUACGUCAACGAUCGAAGAUUAGAGACGCCGCGUUUGCCAAGGAAAGUAAAAUAAGGUGGGCCGGACACGUGAUGCGCAUUAACGACAACCGUUGGACCAGAGCGUGGCUUCUCCGCGAUAUUAAGCACACUACAGGAAGACCGCCGACCCGAUGGUCAGCCUUUUUCACGAAGUCCUUCAAAGAAAAUUAUGAUGCUCCUUGUGUCCCAUGCGAAAGGAGGAACUACUGGGCUAUUCUGGCACGCGAUCGGGACAAAUGGAAGAAUUACUGGGGCCUGCUCGACCAGUUCGAAGAUCAACGGGAGUCAAGGUGA